AGGUGCAGAAUAUGUUUCUGCAAGAGAAUGGAUGAGGAUCUGCUUUGAACUGCUUGAAUUAUUAAAAGCUCACAAGAAAGCUAUCCGAAGAGCCACAGUGAACACUUUUGGUUAUAUUGCGAAAGCUAUUGGGCCUCACGAUGUAUUGGCUACACUGCUAAAUAACUUGAAAGUACAGGAAAGGCAGAACAGAGUAUGUACUACAGUAGCGAUUGCCAUCGUAGCUGAAACAUGCUCACCUUUCACAGUGCUGCCUGCACUCAUGAAUGAAUACAGAGUUCCAGAACUGAAUGUCCAGAAUGGUGUGUUAAAAUCUCUUUCUUUCCUGUUUGAGUAUAUUGGAGAGAUGGGAAAAGAUUAUAUUUAUGCUGUUACACCAUUGCUUGAAGAUGCUUUAAUGGACAGGGAUCUCGUACACAGACAAACAGCCAGUGCCGUGGUGCAACAUAUGUCUCUUGGUGUUUAUGGGUUUGGCUGUGAAGAUUCUCUUAAUCAUUUGUUAAAUUACGUCUGGCCUAAUGUGUUUGAAACCUCUCCUCACGUCAUUCAGGCAGUUAUGGGGGCUCUGGAGGGCCUCAGAGUUGCUAUUGGUCCCUGCAGAAUGUUGCAGUAUUGUUUACAGGGUUUGUUUCACCCUGCCAGGAAAGUCAGAGAUGUUUAUUGGAAGAUUUACAAUUCAAUCUACAUCGGAUCACAGGAUGCUCUGAUAGCACAUUAUCCAAGAAUCUAUAACGAUGAAAAGAACACCUAUAUUCGUUAUGAACUUGAUUACAUCUUAUAAUCUUCUUGUUCAGUUGUUUGUGUUUAUUGCACAGCUGUUGUUCAAUUAAACGCUUCAGAUUUGAUGAUGUAAAAUUUUAAAAUAUUGGAGAUCAGUAUAGAGCUGGUCAGAGGCAGAGCUAGAAAUCCAGUAGCAUGAUUUUUUAAAUAUGUCCUUGUUUUUUGAUGUUAAACAGUUAAAGCCAGUAGUGACCAAGAAAACAGUGAUUACAAUGUACUGGAGGGAUUUCAUUUUGGAUUCAUCUUUAUGAAGAUUUAGAUUUCAUUCCUUGUGUUUAAAGGGGAAGUUUAUUUGAGAAAUAAACAUUUGUGUAUAAAAACUAAUUUGUGUGUGGUUUUUGGACAGAGGGUCUUGUAAAAUGAGUCCCUUUGAAUUAAGUAUUUGUUCAUGUAAUAAAUAGGUGGCAUAAAACAUUUUAACCCUUUUGUCAUCCCUUAGCUUUUGAAUAAAUAAGAAAAACGUACAAACUGUA